GUAUGACCCUCUACCAAAAUUAUUCACUAAGGUGAGCGAUCUAGGACCAGGCAUCAUGACCCUCUUAUUGAUCAUUUCAUAAUCUAGUGUCUUCCUGUAUCUGCUGUUAAAAUAACACAAGUUAUACAGAUAACAUUGGUGCCCCUUAACUCUAGUGCAUAUAUUUUUUACAAAGAAAUUAAAAAUCCUUUUAUUUUGUUUUGGAAAUUUAUCUUUUAAAGGGAACAAUUUUGUAACUAGAUAUAUCAAAUAAGUAUCUCCUGUCAGAUAGGUAUUAUUUGUAUUUAGAUCUGUAGCUGGUUAAAACUAUACAUAUUUUAUGUUUUGGCAGAUAUUAUCUUCAAGGAAGUAAAAUGGUGCAUUGAUGAUCAUGAACGCAGAUUAAAAUCCCCAACAACGCCUGUUAUUGAGAUAAGUAUAUGUCCAGUCUAAACGGAUAUGACACAAAUAAAGAGGAAAAGAAAAAUUACACCCAAACAAGCAGUAAAGUAAUGAUGUAUAUGAAGAAAUGAAAUAAAAAGAAAAAGGGAUUGAAACCUACAUUAAGGCCAAUCAGGCAGCAACUAUACAUAGGGCAUAUUUAAACAACUGUCCCAAGGGUAAAGAUCUCCAGCAUGAAUUUGCCAGUUUACUGUUCUCUGUUUCUUCAAGUAGCUGCAGCAUUUGUGAUAGCUGCAGUCAGUGCAAAACACAACCUGAAAGAAUCAAAAAGGCUUAGUGGACCAUUGACUAACUUGGAGUUUCACAAUGACUUAAUGUAUAUCGGGGGAAGAAAUAAGAUUUACGCUUUGGAUAAAAAUCUUAAUAUAAUUUCUUCAGUAAACACAUGUGAUGGUAAAGAGCAAGAUUGUAACAAUAUAAACAAGGUCUUAGUAGUGGAUCCUACUGGAAACAGAUUAAUAACAUGUGGCACUGGAAAAGGAGGCAUUUGUGAAUUGAGAGGCUUAGAUAAUUUAAACAGUGUUCAGCCUUUACUCAUUUCAGAUCUUACUGUUUCAAUUGAUUCAGAUAAGCCUGCUGUAGGUAUGAUUACCAGCAAUGAGAAGUUUGUGUUUGCUGUUACAUUUGGAAGUGGCAUAGAAAAGAAAAUUACCAAAGUUUCCUUUGAAACAUACAACUAUGCAAUAAGUACAACAGAUAUUUUAGCACUCAGAUUAAAGAAAUGGUUAAAUCUUCAAAUUCAUGAAGAAGUUGGUCUUGAGAACUACAUCAUUUAUUACAAAAAAUGUUUACAACAUGCUGGUUUUAGUUACCUUGUUACUAAUCAGAGAAAGGAAGUUGACCGGAGCAGCUCUGAAUAUGUUUCAAAAUUCAUCAGAAUAUGUCAGAAUGAUACAGACUACAACUCAUAUGCUGAUAUUGUGAUUACUUGUGGGGAAUACAAUCUUAUUCAAGAUGCUAUUCUUGUAAAUUCAGAAAAUGGUAGUAAGAUUUUUAUGGGAAUUUUCACAAAGAACCUAGAUCCUAAUAGAAAUUCUGGAGAUAGUGUAAUUUGUGGAGUAAAAUUGGAAGAACUUGAUGAUGCAAUAGAAGCAGCAAAGAAAAACUUCUACAUAAAUGGAUGUUUUGACAAAGAUAAGACAGUACUUUACUUGCCAAAUGAGAUUGACAAAAGCGUAUGUCCAAAGAAUGAAACUCCUUUUCAACCUAUAUACUUCCACUGUGAGACAGCUGCUCCAUCAUUCAGAUAUGUGACAGACAGUAAGUCCGACGUCAAGUUUAAUAUGAUGUUCAGGUUACAUGCUGUUGACGAUACUCUCACAUCUUUGAGCAGUACUGUAUUGAAUGCUGAAAGCUCUGUAAUUUUAGCAGGAACUUCUACUGGAAAUAUAAUCAUGAUGAACUUUAGAAAUAUGUCUUUGGCAAAAUAUGACAUGAUGUCAGUGGAUAGUAGUUCAACAGUCAACCCUGUAAGAGCUAUAUAUCAAGAAGAUGAUGAUACAUUGUUUGUGAUGACCACAGACAGGAUUUCCAAAUUUGCAAGUUCUAACUGCAGUGAGUUUAAAACUUGCGAAGCUACUAUAAAAGGAAAGAAUCCUCUUUGUGGAUGGUGUGUUUACAAUAACAG